UUUUUGUAGAGUUAGUAUUUUAUCUGCUGCUGGUUAUCUUAUUUUAUAAUGGAGGAAAGUCAUGAAAAAGAUUGGGAGAAGGAUCUUGGUUGGCUGCUCAAAGAUUCCGACAAGACAGAGAAAAAUGAUGAAAAUGAGAAAGAAAACCAGAAAGAAUUUGAAAAGAGAGAAAAUACAUCAGAUGGGGAAGAGCGAACAUCGGACGCUCCAACCACGGACGACGAUGAUGAUGAUGGUUUAACACUAGAGGGCAGAAGAGAGUUGGAGGAAAAUACUUUGCGUAACGAUGCAGAUGAAGGGGAAGAAUAUAAUGUGUUGGAACGACUAGAAAAGGCAAAUGAAGCAUUGAAGAACGACAGCAUGGAUGAGAGUGAAUCUGAGCGAGAAAGAAGAGUCAUCUUUAAACCGAAGUUGGUCGACUUUGAAGCUCCCCCUCAAGAUUAUUCGUCGUCAUCAUCUUCCUCUUCAGAUGAUGAAGCUGAAAAAGUAACGAAAACUAUGGAAGACAUGAGACUCACGCAGCAGGGAAAUGAAACGGUGGAAAUUAACGGACAAAAAAUUAGAAAAGAUGAAAAAGUUUUGAUUGAAAGAGACGGAAAAUUUGAACUUGUUGGUGCGAGCGAACUGAAAGCAAUACUACCUCCUGUGAAUGGGGGUCAUCCUGAUAACGUAGCAGUUGUCAACGGUAACCAUUACAACCCCCUACCACCAGUGAAACCUCGGCCCAAAUCAGCCCCAGUGAGAAGCAGCAAGCCACAUCCACCCACAAGUAAUUAUCGACCUUUCUCAGCAAACAACGCACCAACAACACCAUCAAGCAAUUAUACUGCUAAGACGUUCUGUUACUCUCCGGAGUUGAAAGAGCUGAUGAGGAAGAGAGCAGCUGCGAAAGCUGCGAGAGAAAGGGAAGAAGAAGCUCGGAGGAAAGCGGAGGAGGAGUCCGCUCGUCAGGAGGCCGAGUAUGCUUGGAAGUGCUGGCUGGAGAGGAAGAAUGAGCAGAUUAAAGAGCAAAGGAAGAGAGAAAGACAAGUGGCGGAGAGGAGGAGGAAAGAUAAUGAGAAGAAUCCCAAUGAAGCUGCCGAAGCUUACAGCACUUGGUUGAAAGACAAGAGAAAACAAACAAAGAAGGAAAGGAUUGAAGUCCAACAACAGCAGAUAGAGAUUGACGAAGGAUGGUAUAUUAGAGAAAGAGCUGAGUGCAGGAAAGCGUUUCGUCAGUGGUUGCGCAAGAAGAACGAAGCUGCGCGACAAGCACAAAUGCAAGAUAAGUUGCUACGACGACAAUCCCUUAAACAAGCACGUGAAGCACGGCGUGCACAGAAACUUCUCGAAUCAAUUCGUGAAUCGCAACAAAUGAAAUACGUUGAAUAUUAUGGAUAUCGGUUCUAGUUUUAUUUAUGCAAACUUUAACAACAUUUGCACUACAACACAAAACACUCAAUACAGAUUAAAAUUCACAAAAAUCCCAACACAAAACACAUGUAAAGAAGAAAUCCAUUCAAACCUUAUACACUUUCAAUAUAGUUCUAGCGUCGCUUGUACAAAUUACAUCUGACCAUUGGUAGCCAGAUCGACUACUCUGACUGUAGUUAGUUAGUACUUUGUUUGUUUUAUACAAUAUAAUGCAAAUGGUCUUUUUACAAUUAAAAACUCGAGGUGUAACUGUUAUCACAAUUUCUCAUCAUGUUCUCAUCAAACACUAUGUCACCCUUACACUCAAUACACGAUUACAUAAUGAUAAAUAUAUUUACAAAUUCUUCAUACCACAUUUGCACUAAUGAGUCUUAACCUUUAAACCCUGUGUUAUUUCCCAAGCAUUCUUCAAGCACCUCAAUUUAUUCGACAAUAUUAAAAGCUUGUAUGAAUGAAUGAAACACACAAAACGAUCGUUAUAAACUGAUUUAAACUAUGAUUAACAUAAAACAAACUUUAAUGCAUUAAUUUAAACAUUAAAUCCUAUUAUCCAAUGUUUAUAAAGCCAAUCUAAACAACAGCAGUUUUCAAAAUCUUUCAAUUAUAUUACAGCAACCCAUAUUUCAAUACCACAAGCAUAUUGUAAAAAUCUGUACAAAUAUCACCCCAUACUUCACCAUUACAUUUCCACACCUACUUUCCUACUUCAAUACAAACACAAUCCUCUGUUCACUUUGUAAUAGAUUGUAAUUAACUGUGUACAUUAGAUGUUUUCACUGUGUUCUAUAGUUUCAAUGUAAAUAAUCCAAAUAAUUAUGUUCCUACCGAUUUCUCGCAAUUGUUGCUGAAUACUUUAAUAAAUAUAUUCAAUUUUUUAGAAAAAA